AUUUCAGUCUGGAUGGACGGAGGAGUGUACACUUUAACUUUCACUUAGGAUGCCGCUAAAGGUUUCUACAAUCCGGAAACUAAGUCUACAGGAACCGAAAUUAGGAUACAAUGCACGUCGUGAAAGCAUGGCAUCUUUCUUGGACAUGAAGUCCUCAGACCUCAUCAAGAAGGAGCGUCUGGAUUACGGAGGCUUCGGCGAGGUCUUUCUGUGCUACCACAAAACUCUGGGACAUGUGGUGCAGAAGACCGUCUACACAGGACCGCCUCGUGACGAGCAGAAGGCAUCUCUGCUGGAGGAAGGCAGUCUGAUGAGCAGGUUGAACCACCAGCGUGUGGUGAAGCUGCUGGGGGUCAUACUGGAGGAUGGAGACUACUCUCUGGUCAUGGAGCUCAUUCCUAAAGGCAACCUGCUGGCCAUGCUGCAGAAAGUGAAUGUUCCGGUAUCCAUUAAAGGAAGGAUCAUCUUGGAGAUCAUAGAGGGGAUGGUGUAUCUAACAGACAACCAGGUGAUCCACAAGGAUCUGAAACCUGAAAACAUCCUGGUCGAUGAAAAUUUCCAUAUAAAGAUCGCAGACCUCGGUCUGGCUACGUGUCAGACGUGGAGUCGGCUGACGAGGGAAGAGUCGCGCAGGCAGAGUCGGGGAGGCAGGAAGUCGUGUGUGAUGGCGGCCGGGACGUUGUGCUACAUGGCUCCCGAGCACCUGGAAAGCAUCAACACUCGCUCCACUGAAAAAUCCGACGUUUACAGCUUCGCCAUAGUAGUGUGGGUCGUUCUGACCAGACAGGAGCCUUACGAGAAUGCUAUUAGUCAAGACCAGGUCUGCCAGUGUGUGCGUAAAGGAGAUCGUCCAGACGAGAGCCUUAUUCCAAGCGGUUCACCCAAAGAGAUCAUCAGUCUUAUGAAGAAAUGCUGGGAUCAUGACCCUCAGAAACGACCUCGCUUUAAAGAGAGCUACGAGUCAUUCUUGCCUUUCUAUAAGCAGAAAAUGGAAGCAGACACUGAUCAAGAUUUGCAGGGCCUUAAGGAUUUGUAUGAAGGGCCAUACUGGAGAAGUAUGGAGAAGUUAAAAACACUGACCACAGAGCCGGGAGUCACUGCUGCAGGACUGGAGGCUCCGUCCUGUCUGCAGCGCUCCGGUGACUCUCCCACCCCUCUGCGGAGUUCAGACCUGGGGCCUGUAGAGACGAGCAUGGAGGAGCUGAGUUUAAUGACCUCGGGCGGCUUUCAAGAGGACGCCGUCCCCGGCCAGCCAUCCGAACCGCCGAACCUGGAGCAGAAACUGAACCAAGAGUUAAGAUACCACAAAGACGGGAGCUACAUCCCCGAGCAGCAGCCCUACUUCCCCACCUACUCUAACUAUAACCCGGUCUCGCAGACUGCCACCAGCUUCAUGUGGGGUGCAGAUAAUCCUCAGCAGGUAUCCUCAGUGCAGUCCUGGUCCAAACCUAUUCCUAAUCCUCAUGAGGCUCAGGUCAGGCCGGAUUACACCAACCAGCUGUCGGUGCCUUCGCAGUGUGGACUGCAGUCCAAACCCAUUGAACGCACGCAGUCAUGGUCUUCGGACUUCUCUGCAGUGGGGAUAAACCCUCAGACUGAAACAGGCGGCUCGCUGUACAUCAGUCAGGCCAGCGGGAUUCAGAUCGGGAACAACAACACCAUGCACUUCCGCAGUGUGGACACUUCGUCUCUCAGCUCCCAGUCCAGCACCUCGUCCUCCGUCAGUGUAAAGUAUAAAGAGCUGCUGGAGAAGUAUGUAGAUCACGCCGUAACCGAAGAACAUCUGGAGCUGGUCCGCAAGAACGUAGGCUUGAAGUGGAAAGCCUGCUCCAGGAAGCUGGGCCUCACCGAGGUGGAGAUCGACGCCAUCGAGCACGACUACGCGCGUGACGGUUUGGCUGAGAAGGUCCACCAGAUGCUGGAGCGCUGGAAGAUGAAGGAAGGUCUUCAAGGCUGUACGGUGGGGAAACUCUGCCGCGCCCUGGAGCACUCCAUUAAAGCAGAUGUGCUUCUCGAGAUACUGCUCAAGUCUCAAGAUUACACCAUUCCACAUGUCAGCAUUCUGAACCAGUAACAUCCAGUUUAUAGGUGAAGGUCCAGGUGGAGGAAAUUUUUAUUGUUUUUGUUAUCAUUAUCUUUUAGUUCUGUUUUAAUUUUCACACUUUUAAAAAAAAAAAUUCUGUUCAAUUUGUUUGUUUGGGUUUUUUUGUUUGUUUAUUUAAACAACUGUUUUUUUAAAUUCCUUUAUCCAGAUCACAUACAGAUUUUUUUAUAUAUAUAAAAAUAAUAAUAAAAAAAUAUUUUACUGGAUAAAAAAAAAAUAAAGAAGUCAUUGUAUCAUAUUCAUCUUAUUAAUUUUCAAAAUCCAAAGGAAAAAAAAAGAUCAAUAUUAUUACUUUAAAAUGAUAAUUAAUACCGGGCAGCACAGUGGCUUAGUGGUCAGCGCUGUUACCUCACAGCAAGAAGGUCCUGGGUUCGAACAGACAGCGGCCUUUCUGUGUGUUUUGUAUGGUCUGCGUGGGUUUAUAUUUCAGAUUCACACAAAAAAUAGUUUCAUUUUUUUUAAAGACAAAUUUUAUGCUUUUGAGAACUGAUUUCAUUUAAGAACUGAUUGUUUUCCAGAGAAUCCUUUCAGAAACUCUAUUGUCCUUAGUUAUCCAGCCAAGACUUCAAGAACCCUCAGUUCACUGAAAAAAACUCAGUUUUCAUUUUUGUAAGAUGAGGAAAGCUGGAUUUGAAGCACCUGACAGCUUCUAGAGAAUUCUAUUGAGCAUCAAAAUCAUUUUCGGUGAAAAUCCAGUGAGUUUCAAUGACAAGCUUUACUCACAUACACUCCUAAUGGCUUUUCACACAUGAACUAUUUCCCCUGUGUGAUUAUAUCAACUCUGGCUAAACACAAUCCCGGGUUAAUCACAAACCCGGGUUAAACACAACCCCGGGUUAAUCACAACCCCGGGUUAAUCACAACCCCGGGUUAAUCACAACCCCGGGUUAAACACAAUCCCGGGUUAAACACAAUCCCAGGUUAAACACAAUUCCGGGUUAAUCACAAUCCCGGGUUAAACACAAUCCCGGGUUAAUCACAAUCCCGGGUUAAACACAAUCCCGGGUUAAACACAAUCCUGGAUUAAACACAAUCCUGGAUUAAACACAAUCCUGAGUUAAACACAAUCCCGGGUUAAACACAAUCCUGAGUUAAACACAAUCUUGGGUUUAAUGCAAUCCCGGGUUAAACACAAUCCCGGGUUAAUCACAAUCCCGGGUUAAACACAAUCCCGGGUUAAACACAAUCCCGGGUUAAACACAAUCCCGGGUUAAACACAAUCCUGAGUUAAACACAAUCCCGGGUUAAACACAAUCCUGAGUUAAACACAAUCCUGAGUUAAACACAAUCCCGGGUUAAACACAAUCCUGAGUUAAACACAAUCCUUGGUUGUGUAGUUUGAGGACUCUUCAUAAUCUGACACUGUACAUUCCUAAACCCCGCCUCUUCUCAUUUGCAUAUUUGCUCCUUUACUCUGAUUGGAUAAAUGCGUCGUCUCACACUUUCACAUCAGUGAGAGAAAAAAGAAAAGUUCCGGUCUGUCGUUCUUUGCUGAUAUUGUUAUGUUUCACAGCUUCAUCAUAUAUUUUGUUUGUGUUUUUUUAAGUUGGUCAUGUGACCAGCCAUUCUUCUGCCGAUCUCCGACUUCUGCUAACGUAUCUAACAUCUGCUGAUAUCUGAUUUCCGUCACAUUCAGUGUUUUCACGCCUUUUGUUUUUUUUUUAAUCGUUGCUACGUCCUGUUUCUUUUCCACCUGAUAUGAGGUUUUCACACACUGUUCAGUUUCUGAUUGGCUGUUUGUUGCUAAGCAACUAGCGGUAACAUUCUAACACCAUGGCGUUUCACAUUCAGCACCAUGAUGUGGAGCUAACACUGUAAACACUGCCGUUCUGACCCUGGGGUAUAAACCGGAGAUGAUCAGGCACAGUGUGAAGAGCCUUUGAAUAACAACAGGGUUCCUUUCUUCGGAAAUAGUAACAUUUAUCCGAAUCCUUUAUUUCCCCUCUACACGAGUUCCACGCCGAUCCUUUAACGAUCUUCUCUGAGGGACAACCUGGAAUUGAUCCUUUUGUAUAAUGCUCUGAUAAUCAUGUUUCCAAAAGCAAAAAUAUAUUUUUCAGUUUCAGUAGUUUAUCGUGUUUCUAAACGCGAACAUGAAAUAUUAGCAACACGCACGUUAACGACACUUUAUUUCCGUUUCCCGUCUCCUCGACUCUCUAAUAUUUACAUUACAUUUUGAAGAUUUUUCAGCCAAAGUGUUUGUUUGUUUUCUUUUCAUUUUUUUUUGUUUUAUUUGUUUUUAAAAUUCUCAGGUAAUUCUUUCCAGUGUCUCACUGCUUUUAAGCUGUUCUAGCUUCCUAUAGCUUAGCGUCUCGGCUUUGUGUGUUUGAGAGCGUUGUAGUUGAACCAUGGUUCCCAAGGUGGGAAUCCCAGGGGUGGGUGAAGCAUAGCGAUUAUUCCUUUCGUUUAUUUUGACUUGAUGUGUUUUUUGGGAUCAUUUUCUCCAAUGGGUUCAGAAAUGAAGCUCAAUAGUUCUAAUAAACAGCCAAAAAUAUUUCGGUACACAUUUCCACAUGAUGCUCAGGAAACAGGCAGAAGUGGGAGUACUCCAGAGCAUCACAUCUCAUUAUAUCAGCUAUCCUGAAAUCUACAGACAGGUGUAUAUGGAGCUGAUUCUUCUUUUUAUGCUAGAACGAACUGCACUCUUUUCUUCUUUUCCAUUAAAUGUUGAAGCAGGUGGUUAUGGGGAUUAGUGUUCAUUCAGCAUUAGUGAGAUCAGACUCUGAUGUUGGGAGGGUUGAGGAGAUUCCAGUUCAUCCUAAAGUCCUCCCAGUCCGACGUUAACCUCCACACCAUGUCUUCAUGCAGCUGUGUGUUUUGUGCACAUCUGCAUUGUCAUACUGGAGCAGGGUUUGAGCCUCUCAGUUCCAGGGAAGGGAAAUUCUAACGUUACCACAACCAGACACAUGUAUAUAGCGUAAAUCUGCAUUAAACUGUUUGCUGUUGCUAAAGCACAUCUGCUAUAUAUAUAUAUAUAUAUGUGUGUGUGUGUGUCGUAUAUAGAUAUUUACUAUCAUUGGAAUUCUCGGGAAAGAAACCAUGACAGGGAGAACCUUGAAGAGCUAUCGCUUGUUUCUGAAUAAGAUGAACAUGAAGUAAAACCCCAGAUCUUUAAGAAGUCAAGUCUGAACUCGUGAAAGGAGAACUCGCAUAUAUACGUGAUGUCGAGCAAUACCUCACUCAGGCUCGGUUUAAAAACAUCUGGAUUGGACCAUAAUGCUUUGGAUUUCCUGGAUAAACGAUCCUGAUAGAUAGAGUCAAGAACUAGUGUUAGCUAAGAUCCUUAAGAAAGCUAGCAUAUGUAAAAUGAGGCUGUUUUUUUUGUUGUACUUUUGGUGUUUAAAGAUCAGUUAAAGUGAGGAUCUAUUUUAGAGAUACUAUGUUAUAACAUCGAUUUUUUACAAUAAAAGUACCAGCAUCUUAUUAUCUAUAUCAGUAUUUUUCACUGGACCUUUAAAAAAAAAAUCAGCUGUUUGCCUUUCUGUCGUUCUCUUCCUGAAGUAUUUUUAUUUUUAUAACAGCUGGACAGAAAUAUCUGAAUCCAGUUUAGCAAAAUGUCAGUUGUAUCUAUGCUGCACGUCGUCAUCUGCAAAUAUUGUGAAAAGCCGGUGCUCUAAAAGGUCUGUGUAGUUUUAAUGUACACCGAUCGGGCAUAACAUUAUGACCACCUGCCUAAUAUUGUGUCGGUCCCCCGCUUUUGCUGCCAAAACAACCCUGACCUGUUGUGGCAUGGACUGCACUAGAUCACUGAAGGUGUGCUGUGGCACCUCCAUGGGUCCCACCUCGCAACUUACAGGACUUAAAGGACACUUUUGAUAGAUACUGACCACUACAGACCGGGAACACCCCCACAAGAGCUGCAGUUUUGGAGAUGCUCUGAUCCAGUCGUCUAGCCAUCACAAUUUGGCCCUUGUCAAACUCGCUCAAAUCCUUACACUUGCCCAUUUUUCCUGCUUCUAACAUCAACUUUGAGGACAAAAUGUUGACUUGCUGCCUAAUAUAUCCCACCCACUAACAGGUGCCAUGAUGAGGAGAUCAUCAGUCUUAUUCACUUCACCUCUCAGUGCUCAUAAUGUUAUGCCUGAUCGGUGGAUGUUGUUGGGAUGUGUAUGAGUGUAUAAGGAAAGCAGUGUGAACGCAGUUUGAAUGCAAUCAGAUUGAUGGACUCUCAUUUCAAAUUCUUCAUGUUGUUUGAAACCACAUUAUAUUUACAGUGCAGUGUAUUUGUCUUACACUUUGGCUUUGAGAAUUGUUUGUAUUUUGAGGGCAUUAAAAUAUGCAAAAACAAAUUG